AUGAAGAAGCCGGUCAAGGAACGCUACAACGCCAAGGCGCGCGGCUCGACCGUCGGCGGAUCCUCGCACAAGAACAAGCGCUCCCUGCGCCAACGCGAGGCCGACGCCUACGACUCCAACGCCCAGCUCAUCGUGCCCGGCAGCCAAGACGACCUCCGCAGGAAAGAGGCAGAGCAGCAGCGCAGGCAACUCCUCGAGUCCUCGGGCCAGGAUGCAGACGCACCCAUGUCGUCCAAGAAGCGCAAGCGUCUCGACGCCUACAUCGCCUCGCGCCUCAAGAAGGAGGAGCGCGUCCGCAUCAUGUCCAAGCUGGCACAGUCCUCGGCAGAGAUCGACCGCACCACGCUCAAGUCCGCCGCCACCCUCGGUACCGGUCGCGCAAAGACCAUGGAGGAGAGGAUCGACACCGCCGGCCAAAAGUCAGAUCGAGGCGGAAAACGCCGCAGAAGGACCAUGAACGGCGCCAUCAUGCAAAUCGACGAGGACGACGACGAUGCAGACCUCGACAACAUGCAGAACGACGUCCAAGGCGACGAAGAUGAAGGCAACUUUACGCCACCAGAGGAUGUAGAGGAUGAUGGAGAGGACCACGGGCCCAUUGGUGAGGUAGAGGAGGAUCCCGUUCGCCGAGCAAGGAUCCUGGCCGCAGCCAGCCUCUUUGACAAGUCCAAGCAACAACCAGCAUCCGCCGCUACCACUUCGGCAGCUUCCACAACAUCCGCACCUGUCCCAGGCUCGGCCCUCGCCGCUGCUAGGCUCGGAUCCGCGCUUGCCAAGGAUGCAAGUGGCAACCCCAUCAUGCCCACCAUGCGCAAGCGCGCCAAGAAAGCCAAGGUCGCCCGCGUCAAUGCGGCCACGCGUCUUCAGCAAGCUCGUGACAGCGACUCGAGCUUCGACAGCUCCGAAUCCGAGGCCGAGUCCGCAUCUCGCCCGGCCGCUUCCGCAUCCCGCCCCCCACCCAUGGUCGACGCCGACCGCAUGGGGCCUGCUCCCCGCGCGUCGCUCUGGCGCAAGACCCAGGAAAAGCAGGCCGCUCAAGCCGCCCUGGCAGCCCAGGCAGCCCAGGCAGUCCAGGAAGCCAGUCAGGCAAACGACGUCAAGGGCAAGGGCAAAGCCAAGGCCACCACCUCUGGUCCAGGAUGGGACCAGGACGACUCCGACCACGACGACGCAGACGCCCCAUCUCAGGGCAGCAUCGACCAAGACGACCAAGACGAACUCGAUGAGGAGGUCGACGAUGAUGACGACGACGACGACGACGACGACGACCUGGAAUCCGAGGAGCCCGAUACAGACGACGACGAGGAAGCCGUCUUCCUCGAAGCCAUGCGUCUCCGAGGUUUGCUCCCGUCCGAAUCCUCUGGCAACGACGCACAAGCCUCUUCCUCCGCAUCCACCUCGAAGCGUGUCGAGCAGCAAGGAUCCGAUCUAUCCGACAGCGACGAUGAAGAUGAGGAUGAGCAGAUGGUCGAGGCUACACCAGCUCACGACUCUGAUCAGAGCGACGAUGACGAAGAAGCAUCAGACGACGACGAAUCCAGCGAGGACGACGAAGACGACGAGGAAGACACCGAAGAGUACCGCUCGCGUCGGCGCGGCAUUGGCACUACCAAACGCUCCUCGGGCUUCAAAGACUGGGCGCGCGCCGCGCUCGGUAUCGGCGGCUCUGCAUCCGCGCCCACCAACGCAACGGGCACCGACGCUGCCGACGCCAGCGCGCCCGUUGACGACGACACGGCGUACAACCUGGAGCCCGUGGGCGGCUUCAAGAUCAAGGUGGGCGAUCUCAUGCCCAGCGACGGCGUGGCGCGCGGCCCGCUCGGGCGCGACGAAGAGAGCGUGCGCUCCACCUCGGCCUUUGCCGCCAAGCACUACGCCGAGCUCGAAGCGGCGCUAUCCUCCGACACCGCCACCGACGCGCCCACGCCGCUAACGCAUAUCGAGGUGCAGCGGUCCGAGAAGCUCACUGCGUCGCGGCUCAAGCUGCCCGUGGUGGCGGAGGAAGAGACGAUCGUGCGCACCAUCAUGCAGAACCCCGUGACGGUCAUCUGUGGUGAGACGGGAUCGGGCAAGACGACGCAGGUGCCGCAGUUCCUGUACGAGGCCGGAUUCGGCAGCAAGAACAGUCUCAAUCCGGGCAUGAUCGGCGUGACCCAGCCGCGUCGAGUUGCGGCGGUGAGCAUGGCGCAGCGCGUCGCCUCGGAGCUCAGCUUGCCCGCAGACCGCGUGUCGCACCAGAUCCGAUACGACGCCACGGUGAGCGCGGACACGGCGAUCAAGUUCAUGACCGACGGUGUGCUGCUGCGCGAGCUGGCGGCCGACUUUCUGCUCACCAAGUACAGCGCCAUCGUGGUGGACGAGGCGCACGAACGCAGCAUCAACACCGACGUGCUCAUCGGCGUGCUGAGCCGCAUCGUCCGGCUGCGCGAGAAACGCUGGCUCGAGGGAGAGAAGGAUGCACGACCACUCCGGCUCAUCAUCAUGAGUGCCACACUCCGCGUCGCCGACUUUACCGAGAACACGACGCUCUUCACCACCCCACCGCCCGUGGUCAACAUCGACACGCGACAGCACGAGGUCACGCUGCACUUCAACCGCAAGACGGUGCAGGACUACAUUGGCGAGUCGGUGAACAAGGCGACCAAGAUCCAUGCGCGACUGCCUCCCGGCGGCAUCCUGAUCUUCCUCACGGGACAGCAGGAGAUCACGAGCGUGUGCCGCAAGCUCGAGGCGCGCUUUGGGAGCCGUGCGAUCGAGCGCAAGAAGCGCGAGCGCGAGCGCGUCCAAAACCGCACAGGUCGCCGCCGCAACAGCAUCGAGGACCAAGAUGCCGAUGCGGACGCGGAUGCCAAGAUGAAGAUCACGGCGCGCGAUGCGGACGUAGAGGCGGAAGAGGUGGAUCUGGGCGUGGACCGCGACCUUGCGGCCGAUGUUGAUGAUGGUGCUGCCGAUGCGGACCCGGAUGCGCUGGAUACGGACGAUGAAGCCGAUGGUAGCGACGACGACGCACUGCCCGACGAGCUGAAGGACGACAGCGACGUGCCGAUGCACAUUCUGCCUUUGUACUCGCUGCUGCCCACAGACAAGCAGAUGCGCAUCUUUGACGCGCCGCCCGCCGAUGCGCGGCUGGUGGUGGUGGCGACCAAUGUGGCGGAGACGUCGCUGACCAUCCCCAACAUCCGGUACGUCAUCGACUGCGGUCGCAGCAAGGAGCGCAAGUACGACCUGACGAGCGGUGUGCAGUCGUACGAAGUGUCGUGGAUCAGCAAGGCGUCUGCCUCCCAACGCGCGGGUCGAGCGGGUCGUACCGGCCCGGGUCACUGCUACCGGCUGUAUUCGAGCGCGGUGUACGAGGAGCACUUUGCGCAGUUCUCUCGCCCCGAAAUCCUGCGCACGCCCGUCGAUGGGCUGGUGCUCUCGAUGAAGGCGAUGAACAUUGACAAUGUGGCCAACUUUCCGUUCCCCACGCCACCGGAUCGCGUGGCGCUGCGCAAGGCCGAGCAGGUGCUCACGCACCUCGGUGCGCUGUCUGCGCCUGCGGUGGCGUCGGUGAGUGUGGGCAAGGGGUUGCGCAAGGUGCAGCAUGCGCAGGUGACCGAGCUCGGGCGCACUAUGACGCUGUUCCCCGUAGCGCCGCGGUACGCCAAGAUGCUGGCGCAGGGCGAGCAGCACGGCUGCCUGCCGUACAUCGUGGCCAUGGUGGCGGCGCUGAGUAUCGGGGAUCCGUUCAUCCGCGAGCAGCUGCUGGACGAAGAGUACGGUGACCGCCGUGCGCCCGCCUCAUCAGCGGCGGAGGAGGGGGACGACUACGACCGUGCGUUCGGCACGAUGGACGGCGACGAGGAGCUCGACGCCGAGCUGCGCAACGUGACCAACGCUGAGCUGCUCGACAAGGAGCGGCGCAAGGCUCGGCGCGCCAAGUACUUUGCCACCAUGCGCAAGUUCGAGGCCUUGGGCGCUGGACUCUCGGACACCUUCCGGCUGCUGAGCGUGGUGGGCGCGUACGAGUACGCCGGGGGCAGCGUUGCGUUUUGCGACAAGAACUUCCUGCGCCCCAAGGCGAUGGAGGAGAUCCACAAGCUGCGUGCCCAGCUAUGCAGCCUCAUCGGCGGCACCUUUCCGAACCUCGCUCGCGGCCUGGCGGAUCCCAAGCUGACCCCGCCGAGCGAGGUGCAGCUCAAGGUGAUCCGGCAGCUGCUAGCCGCGGCGUACAUCGAUCAAGUGGCGGUGCGUGCCGAUUUGAUCUCGAACGAGGGUGUGGUUGCAGCGUCUGUGGCGCACGCGGACGAGCGGACGGAUCAGAUGCUGUUCAAGCUGCGCACCAAGGGCGGCGGGGAUCGGAUGCAGUCGACGCGCGGCGUGCCGUACAAAGCCAUGGGCGUCGCCGGCUUCGCGUUCGUCCACCCGACCUCGGCGUUUUACCACACCACCCCGCCUGCCUGGGUGGUGUUCGGCGAGGUGCACCGCAGUCAACCGCGCGUGGCCGCGGGGGGCGAGGACGCGCAAAAGGGAACGGUGUGGCUCAAGACACUGACCAAGAUCAAUCCCACCUGGCUCACCACGCUGGGCCGCGCGCUGUGUAGUUUCAGCAAGCCCGUUCCGGUCGAGGGGGGCGUGGAGGGGGUCAAGGCGAGCGUGCAGGCGGUCAAGGCGGGCCAGGCGGGGACGAGGGAAGUCGUGGUCACCUCGACCUACGCGGUGGGCAGCGAGAAUGACGGUCUGGCAGGCGGCCUCGGUUGGCCUCUACCCGCCCUCCGUGCUCAGCAGAAGCUCGUCGACGGUCGCUGGAUCCUCCUUCUUCCCUGA